AUGGACACCACGUAUACUUACCAAGACGCAGUCGACAAUGUUAUUGCAGCCUUCAAACCCGCAUAUGACUCAAGCGACAACCCAAUUUGUGUUAUAUGUGGACGAGAGUAUGGAAGUGGCGGGGCAGGUUUUGAGCCUGAUAAUAUCAACUUCCUAAGCCAACUACCCGGCCCUAUCAGACGAAGAUAUAUUGAAGACACCGUCGAAGCCAUACAGACACCAUGCAACCAUACCUUCUGUCUCCAGUGCAUAAGCUUCUGGUGCCAGGACAAAGCGAUUUGCACUUGUCCCAUGUGCCGUCAUCCAAUUAUUCUCAAAAGAAACCCCGCCGAUCUCGAACGUCCAGAUCAGGACCUGUUCUGGGACGAGAAUGAUGUGUUGUGCUUGCCACCGCGUUGUAUGACCGUCUUGGGUUGGGAAAACCGCAAUAUUUUCAAGCUGCAAACCCGAGAUCUAGUCACAACAAUGAAGCCUAUGCCCUUCCGGUGGAUCAAAGAAACCAUGCUGCAUGACUUGCCCGUCAUCAUGGUUAGCGUUGCGCGUCGCUUCUACUAUCACGAUUUGAGGCCAAAGGAGACUGUGCCGUGUGAUCUUCUGUCUCUAGCACGACACGACCCCAGCAUCAAGAGAUUUCCUGUUAUCCGCACUCUGGAAGCCCUGGCUCGCGAUGAUGCCCCGAUCGCUUACCACGAAGACGCUUUUCGACUGCACGAGGGCUUGUGCGACAUCAUCAAUGAUCCGCAAGGUAUUACCUUUGACAACGACGGGACAUGUCAGAGCUGGGGAAAGGCUGUGCUGGCAGUCAUGACUACACUUAUCGAAGAAAAGACGCUCGUCGGCACAGAUGGAGGCGUGUCACAGAGGAAAUGGUGGAUGUAUGUGUGGUGCGUUAUCAAGGCUUUGAUGGUGUGGCAGGCGUAUGCUGCGCGUUUGCGUGUUGUAUGGCGCUUGCGCCAUGAGCAGGGUGAAUACGAUUGGCACGAUUGA